AAUUUUGAUUCACUCCAACUAAAACCCUAAAACAAUAAAACUCAGCACUGACCUAAGCUUCGCCGUGAAAAGUAAAAGCUGCCGGAAACGCAGCCGGUAUCGGAAGUCGGCCGUCAGAACAAGCGAGAACGUGCAUCAUUAUUUCUUCUCCCCGUUCAGCAAACUUCACGCGCAUCACUCUUUCUCCUUUCCUUUCAGCAACCACAGCCGCCGCCGCCGUCAAUUCUAUUGCGCCGCCGUCAAUUCUAUUGCGCCGCCGUCAAUUCUAUUGCGCCGCCGUCAACUCCAUUGUGUCACUGUUAUCUAUUCUCCUUAGCAGUUCUAUUUUUCUUCAACCGAGCCUUUUUCUUUUUGUUAAGCAGAGAGACAUGGAGCAGAGAUUAGCUAAUUGUUGGCGGUUGACAGUUAACGAAAAAAAAUUCAUUGAAAGUGCUCUACUAUCAGAUCUUCGAGUGGAUGGCCGUGGCCCCUUGGAUUAUCGCAAGUUAAACAUUAAAUUUGGAAGGGAUAAUGGAUCCGCAGAGGUCCAAUUGGGUGAGACACGUGUGAUGGGUUUUGUGAGUGGUCAACUUGUGCAGCCUUACAGAGAUAGGCCUAAUGAAGGUACAUUUUCCAUCUUCACUGAAUUCUCUCCCAUGGCUGAUCCUUCCUUUGAGCCUGGCCGUCCUGGAGAAUCUGCCGUUGAGUUAGGACGGAUUGUAGACCGCGGUUUACGGGAAAGCAGAGCCAUUGACACUGAAUCACUCUGCAUUCUUUCUGCCAAACUUGUCUGGGCUAUUCGCAUUGAUAUCCAUAUAUUGGACAAUGCAGGGAAUCUUGUUGAUGCUGCAAAUAUUGCUGCAUUGGCUUCUUUGAUGACAUUCAGAAGGCCUGAAUGCUCAUUGGGGGGAGAGGAUGGUCAACAAGUUGUAGUGCAUCCUCCUGAGGAGCGCGAGCCACUCCCUUUGAUUAUACACCAUCUUCCAAUUGCUGUCACCUUUGGAUUUUUCAGUAAUGAAAAUCUUGUGGUCUUGGAUCCGACAUACCGUGAAGAGGCUGUAAUGACCGGACGCAUGACUACAACACUUAAUGCAAAUGGUGAUGUUUGUGCCAUUCAAAAGCCUGGGGGGCAGGGAGUCUCUCAACGGGUUAUCAUGCAUUGCUUGAAACUUGCUCAUGUUAAAGCUGGUGAUAUUACAGCCAAGAUAAAGGACGCAGUUGAAAAGCAGAACACUGAAAGAGCACUACAAAAGAUUAAACGCCAUUCUUCCUCUGUAGCCGUGGAUGUAUGCGGAACCACUGCCAGAUUAGCUCCCAAACAAAAUCAAUCAGAUGCUGAUAAAGAUGGCAGUAAUCUAGCCCAAUUGAAGCUAAAAGAUGGGGCGAGUUUGAUGGAAUGUGAUGCUACCUCAUCAGAACAAGGACAGAAUAACAAGAAGGAUGGAAGCUCAAAGAAUUUCAUUGGCGGUCCCUCAAGCUGGGAUCCCUAUUCAGAGUGCGUCAAUUCAGAUCUUCUAAAAGCUUCUCUAGCUUCUCGUGGACAAUCAACUCCUAGUAAACAAAAGGAUUCAAGACGGGAGACUAAGGCGGAAGAACCAGCACAGGAAAUCAAGGCAGAUUCGGAAUCAAUUGACACAGCUCUAACUGCUGCGCAGAGUAAUGAAGGUAAGACUCUGAAGGAUGCUGUCAAGCCCAAAAACAAGAGGAAGAAAAAAAGAUCUUCCAAUAAUGGAAAUUAAGCGAUGAAAUGUGCAGUCAGUUGACACAUUAUGCUGUAAAAUUUUGAUGGGCAAUGAAAGAUAGUCUGUUUGUUUGUGAAUUUAGGCAUGCCAAAAUCAGUUUUGACUAAAGAAAGGGGAACUUUUAUUAACUGUACUAUACCAGAACAGAAGGUACAAAAUGGCAAUGUAAGAAAUUAUGAUCAACUGGGAGGAAUGCUGUAAAAUAGUUUCCACAUCACAACUUCUUGAAUUUCA